ACUCAAUCGCUCACGUUUGGAGGUCAGUCAACGCGACUUACAAGGGACCGAUUUACAGGGGUCGUACAUAGAUUCUGCUUGUCUCCGUCACCUCUCCAAUGGCAUUGUACUCACCCUCCAGAAGAUGGGCACGAGAUCUCCUGCAGCUAGUCAGCUCAAGAUGUUACAAAGUCCAAGAUAAAUCGACUGUGCUGAAAUGUCGUGAAUUGAUUCCCACGUCUCGGAGCUGUCAAGAUCAAGGCCGAUCGUUUUGCCAGAAUGUAAAUGCUGGUCGACCAGGACCAGUAGGUCGAACACAUCGUCCUUCCAAUUUGGACAAAAGGAUUCUAGUUCUCCAGAAGGUCUAUCCCUCAGUGGAGGCAGUGCCUAAAGAAGUGUCACAUUCUCAGAUUCUGAAAUCCAGAGACUGGUUCCGAAUUCGUGUGAACUUGGGAAUGGGAGCUGCGACAAUCAUGGCAUGUUUUCUAAUGAUCUAUGUUGGCAAGAAGGAGGCUAAGGAAGGCAAGAGUAUAUCUAGACAGUCCUUGGAGUGGCAGAAGAAGCUGAGAGAAGAAGGAGAUGACAAGAAAACAUAAACAUACUCCACAAAUUAUUGUCUCAUUAUCUCCUGACAGGAUAAUGAACAAGGUUCAGUUAAGAACAAAACAAAUUGAGAAUAGGUGUGUUGAAUUCUAGGUCUAAAGUUACAGAUCUGUUAUAUAUUACCAUGGUAAGAUGAACGGAAAUGAAAUAUACAUGUAUCUCCGUGAGUCAUUUUUGGCUAUCAUGAUAUUUUGUAAGUGUUCAAAGCUGCCUGUUCUAGGUGUUGUGUUGACCCAAAAAUGACAAUCAUGGAUGGUGUUCCAUGAUCAGUGUGACCAAAGCUGAUUUUACCACAAUAUACAACAAUAGAUAUUUAUAACAAUAAUAAAAAGGUUUAUAUUUUGCAGCUCUUCUUGUUAGUGAUGGUAAUGAGAUCAUAUGAUGGUCAUAUACUUCUCAAAACAAGUUAUACCCAUGCUUGUAGGAGGUGAUUUACGGGAUCGGCUGGUCAGGCUCCCUGACCCGUCACCGUAUCCCAACCAAGUAGAUCAAUACUCAUGAUGUUGAUCACUUGAUUGUCUGGUCCAGACUCGGUUAUUUACAAGAUUGCUAACAAAAUCAAACUAAGUUGAAGAACACCAACAGGUGAAGGUUGGGCAUUACUAACUAGAAUUCUUUGGAAAACACUGGAUGUUCUUUGACUUCUUUUGAGGAGUAUAUUUUAUAGCAAACAGUUCCAUCUGGAUUUGCAAAACUCUGUGAAUAAUGGGUGUUAAAGGCACACAUGUAUAAAGUUUGUCAAUCAUUCUGUCUGUGUUUGAAUCAUGCAUGACAAAACGUCCUGCAGUGACGUCAUACCUUCACUUCAUGCAUGAUUCAAACUGAAACAUACAGAUCUGCACAGUAAAGUUGACGUUGUACAAUAGUUGGCUUUGGUCAUGUUUUUGUUGAGAAAUAGAAAACUUGUGUAUUUUUCUUAUUAAUGAGUUAUAAAAAACAACCAAUACUUGAGUGGGUUAGAAGAAAGUGUUUAUCAAAACAUACAAGUUAAAUGCUACAACUGUAUUAAACCAGUCAUGUUGCUAAACAGUCUUCUUCCCAUAGUUUCUUGUGGCUGCCCACGUACCUCUGCCACAUCACCACAGCUUACUCAGUCCAUUCAAGAUAUUGUUUUUCAUGUUUUAUUUUCAUUCAGAAAAUAUCCUAAAACCUCAUUAUUUCAAAAUCCGUACUUUCGUUUACAAACUUCUGGUCACAUGAGAAGCUUGCCCAACUGGUGUGACCACUGAAGCAUAUACCUUUCUCCCAGUUGGUUUGGUUGGUGGGUUUUGCUUAAUGCCGUGCUCAGCAGUAUUCCAGCUAUAUGGCGGUCUCUUUCUCGAGAAUAUGGCAAGCAGAGCUGAGUAAGCUUGAGGUUUGGUACUUUCUUUGUAAGGACUGCAUCAGAACAGCCCUUUAAGAUUCUGUUCCAUUGUUUCUCAUCACUGUGAAAGUUAUAGUUGAUGUUCACAGCCAUUUCAGUGUCUUACCCAUCUGAAAGCUAUUUUCCGUCUUUGACUAUGGCACAAAUGUAGGUCAAGUAUCAUGUAUGUGUAAUCUCUAUCUCAUUGAAAUCAGAUCAGCUCUGUACUGAAGACUGAUCUAAUCUCAAUAUUAUAUGAAUGUAUUGUCACCUUCCUUCACACUGACUGUUUUGUUGUCAGUAUAAUGUUGUGAGCACAAUGAUGCAAUAAGAGAGAAUAAAAACAUUGUAAGUU